AUGGCAUCGAUAACUUAUAGUUCGCCGACUUUUACGACCUUCACCAAUAUUGGACCAAUUACAACAUCGUUGUCCUUCCCUCCAGACUGUUAUACUGAUCACUAUGACUUCCAAACUUGGGGACUUGGCUUCCCCUGGAGGUACACCACAGCCGGUACGUGCACCCGAAACAUAUCAGAACGCGACUUUGGCUCAGAUCCCCGUCGCACUCCAGGCUGCGCAAUAAGUUCCUGUUGUCCCUCUGGGAAAUACUACUCGCAAGGAUUUGCAUGGAUGACGAGCUAUUAUUCUCCUGGUCUGUACUGUCCUUCAAACUACCACACCUGCUCUCCUCCUCCGUCGCCGUAUCAGCUUUCCUCGGCCAGCGGAGAGACCAUUGCCUUUUGCUGUCCAAGCACGUGGGAAAGUCAAACUGGAGGAGGUGGGAUCGUAUAUGAUGGCUGUAAUAGCGGCUUCUCAACUGGCUCUCAGGUAGUCACGGUGGCAGACAAUAUUUACGACCAGAGCUCAUUGUCACAAUACACCUUCACAGAAACAGGAAUAACGACACUAUGGCAAAUUGCCUGGCCAAUACAGAUUCGGUGGCAGAGCUCUGACUUCAUUACAAGCUUAAUCCAAAGCACCAGCACUGGGAUCGCGGUGACGGGGCCGACUAGCACCUCCAAAUCCACCUUACCUGUGCCGUCGCCAUCUCGACUCUCUAGCGGGGCAAUUUCUGGGAUUGUCGUUGGUUCGCUCAUUGGCGCUGCACUCCUUAUCGGUUUCCCGCUCUUCCUUUUUUUCUUUCGUCGGCGUCACGCAAGAUCCACGCAGCCCGUCAACAACGAACCUAGUGGCAAGCCAGAGUUAUCGGGGGAUGGAAAACGGCUUUUUGUCCCACAUCCAUCCGUGUAUCCGCAACCUAACGCUGAGUUGGAAGGGAGUGAUUCUAGAGGGCCAAUAUCAGCAUCCUGGAAUCGUCACUCUCUAGAUCCUAAUAUUUCGGAACUACCAGCAAUGAAGUAA